UUAUGAUUUGAGACCAAAUAAAUUAGGGACGAUAUUACUUUUUAAGGACAAAAUAUUUUUGUCACAAAAAGUGUUAUUAUUUUAUUUUUAGAGAUAAAAUUGGACAUUUAGCGAUGAAUUACUAGCCUUUUGAAACCACAAGUUUUGUCUCAAAAAAUAAAUCUUUGAGAACAAAUUAUUUUGUCCCUAAAAAUGCAUUUAUUAGCAAUAUUUUUUCAAAUUUUGUUCCUAAAAACUCAUUUUCUUACUUUUCGAGAUGACUUUUUGCAACUAUAUUCACGACAAUUGAAAUUAGUUCUUAAAUAUUUUUUAAAACAAAAUUUAUACUUUUAGAGAUAAAAAAAAUUAAUUUCUAAAACUCUUAUAUGUAGUGUAAUGAAAACACAAGAAGGUGAAGAAGGACGCAAUCCCUCGGAUAUGAUAAAAAAUUUCAUUAAGGGUCCAAGAUCUGUUCGUUUUGAAGAAGGUAAAAUUGAACAAGGAGCCAAAUUGCGUUUCGUAGAGGCGAUGGAUUUUUUCUAUAAAGAUGUGAUUAUUAAACUCGUUGUCGACGAAGGUAAUAAGGAGGUGAAAUGGGAAAAAUUGAAAAUCUUGUGGUUGGCCAUGUUAUGCUACGCUGCAAUUAGUUGUCCAAAAAAUUACCAUCUUCAAAAGCUUAGAGAAGGAGGCGAGCUCCUCAAUUUGGUUUGGUUCCUUAUACCGCAGUCUCGUAUAUUUUGUGGUGUCAACACCUUUACUCUAAACGGCUUUUUCAAUAAGUAUUUUCAAUCAAUGCCGGAUGUCGGAAGGGCGAGACCGCUACACAACGAAGGCUCUUAAAAAAAAAAAAAAGUUUUAUUUGCAUUGGUAAUAUUUUAUUUUGUAUAUUUUUGGUUGUUUUAAAAAAUUAAAAGAUCCCAUUAAAUGAAAAAAAAGAAAAAAAAAGUUCAAUACAAUAGUAAUAUUAUAUUAUUGGUAUGGUUCUGUUUGUUUGAAAGAUGCUUUUCCUAGAUUAUUUAGUCUGUCUAGGGAGAAGGAAGGAGCUCUGAGUUUGUUUGUUAAGCUGAAGGAGGUUUCAGGGGAGUGGAAUAUAUUUCCAAGGAGUUUUUUGUAUGGGAAAGAGAUGAAAUGUUGAGGUUUGUCUCUGUUCUUCAAUCUGGCCCUACAGUUAGCUUGGGGAGAGUGGAUUACCCACGGUGGUCAGCUAAUUCCUCAGGUGUCUUUUCUGUAUCAUCUUUGUACAAUUCUGCCACUGUGGGGUUGUGUUCUGGAUCUAGACCUAGUAAGUUGCUCUGGAAUAAUGGUUUGCCUCCUAAAGUGCAAUUCUUUGGGUGGCUUGCGUGGAAACAUAGGAUUAAAGUUUCAGUUUUCUUACGUAGGAUUGGGGUUUUUGCUGGGGGUGCUUCUUCAUUGUGUUGCUUCUGUAAAACUGAGGAGGAAUCAGUUCUUCAUGUGCUGUUGCACUGCUCUUUUGUGUGGGAGGUAUGGUCAUCUGUAUUAGCAUGGUGGGGGCUCAAGUGGGUCAUUCCAGGUUCUGUUGCCAAUCUGCUGAGUUGGUGGGAGGGUGGGACAUUUUUGAAGCAUGAAAAGAAGAUUUGGAGGUCUGUUCCUCUGGUGGCACUGUGGUCUAUAUGGAAGCUUCGGAAUGAAUGUACAUUUAAUGGUGCUAUUGCAGAUGUUGGGGACCUUUCUGAGUUAAUUAAAGCUAGAGUGGCUAUUUGGCUGGUUUCAUCAUCAAAGGGGUGGAAUUACUCGGUUAGUGAUUUUAUAUAUAAUCUUAAUCAGGUUCGAGCUUGUAUAGGGGGUGUUGAGUUAUCUGCUAGUAUCUGGGGGCUGCCCUGUUCGGUGUGCACUGGGUUGGUUAGAUCUGUGGGUUUUUGCAGAACAGGAGCUCUGCUUUGCUUCAGUGUUUGCUUCCUAUUGCUGUGUCGCUGCAGAGAUGCUGGGGUGAUGCUCAGAGAUAUGGGGUUGCUGCUGGUGUGUUGGCUGCAAACAGAGGUUGCUGUUGCUGUAUGGAGCUCCUAAUGGUGCUGGGAAGGAUGAUGCUGGUAUUUUGUGACUCAGAUGAAGAUGGAGGUGCUGCUGUGGGUGCUACAUCCAGGUUUUAUCUUCUGGUGUAGGUCCUGAGCUGCUGAUGAAGAUGGAGUUGCUGCUGUGGUUUUUCUUUGUUUGCUGAUCGAGCUGUUGUGGUCUGGGGGUGUUGGUUUUUUUGUUCUGUUUUGUUGUUUGUCUCAGAUGCUAGUUUGGUUGUUUUGUGAUUGGGUGCUGCUAUUCUGUAGCUUUUUGUUUUCUGUUUUUUGGGUUUGGCUUCUCGCCACCCCUUUGGCUUGAGCUGGCAUAUGAUUGAGUGCUUCUCUUGGUGCCAACUUAGUUGGGAUGAAAGGUUUCACUAUGAUACUUUUUACUCGCCUCUGCUUUAUUGUUGUCAUCCAUAUGUAUAUGUGUUUGAUGCUAUCAAUAAAGUUAUUUGUUGAUAAAAAUAAAUAAAUAAAUAAAUAAUAUUCUAUCAUCUACCUUUU